GAAGCGGGAUUAUGAAAGUUACUUGUGUUCCCUGCUGUUCCCUGCAGGAUGCCGAAACUCUGUUUCUGCACUGAGGGCCUUCAACGUGGAACUGGCUCAGGUUAAGGACUCAGUCUCUGAGAAAACAAUUGGACUGAUGCGAAUGCAGUUCUGGAAAAAAGCUGUGGAAGAUAUGUACUGUGACAACCCACCACAUCAGCCGCUGUCAAGAGACACAAUCUAACUAAAAGAUGGCUUUUGAGAAUCAUUGAUGAAAGAGAAAAGAAUCUGGAUGACAAAGCAUAUCACAGUAUCCAGGAGCUUGAGAAUUACGCUGAGAACACUCAGAGCUCUCUUCUUUACUUGACACUAGAAGUUCUGGGUGUGAAGGAUCUUCAUGCAGACCAUGCUGCUAGCCAUAUUGGAAAGGCACAAGGAAUUGUCACAUGCUUGAGAGCGACACCCUAUCAUGGUAGCAGGAGAAAAGUGUUUCUGCCCAUGGAUGUUUGUGUGCAGGCAAGGUCCUUCCACAGAAGUGUUCCUGCGAAAGCACUUCCUGCAUUUCUUCAGACGGUUGCUCUAGAGGACUAUUUGAAGAAAAUCCAGCGAGUGGAUUUUGACAUAUUCCACCCGUCUUUACAGCAGAAGAAUACACUACUUCCAUUAUCUUUGUAUAUUCAAUCAUGGAGAAAAAGAUACUAAAUGAUUUUAUGUACUGAAA